UUUCUGCCGUAAAGCAAUUUGCUGACUUAUACCACGUGUGACAGGGCGCCGUUUCGCUGCCCUUGGAAAGAGUUCGCAAUGUCUAUUUCCAAAAGCGGAGCUAAGUCCUUAGAUCUGCUAAAAAAGCUACCAAGGAUAUCUCUUGUUAAUCUCGGACCGAACCCCGGAGCGAAGAAAAACGAGAAGAGACGUGGAAGAGGCCAACAUGGAGGAAACAGAAGUGGGAGAGGUCACAAAGGAGAAAGACAAAGAGGAAAUCGUCCAAGACUGGGUUUUGAAGGAGGACAAACUCCAUUUUAUCUUGUUAUCCCAAAGUAUGGAUAUAAUGAAGGACACAGUCGUAGACCUCAAUAUCAGCCUCUGACCCUGAACAAGCUCCAGUAUCUUAUAGAUUUGGGUAGAGUGGAUCCUUCACAACCGAUUGACCUCACUCAGCUAGUGAACAGUAGAGGUGUCACAAUACAGCCACUGAAGAGGGACUAUGGAGUACAUCUUGUGGCUGAGGGCGCCGAAAAUUUCUCGGCUAAAGUUAACAUUGAGGUUCAGAUGGCAUCAGAAUUGGCAAUAGCUGCAAUUGAGAAAAAUGGAGGAGUUAUAACAACAAGCUUCUAUGAUCCGAGAAGUUUAUGUAUCCUGUGUAAACCUGUGCCUUUCUUCACAAGAGGACAGCCCAUUCCAAAGCGCAUGCUUCCAGGAGAGGAUUUGUUACCGUAUUAUACAGAUGCAAAAAACCGUGGCUAUAUGGCUGAGCUAGCAAAGAUUCAAGAAGCUCGGAUGGAGCUUGCAAGGACUUAUGGCUACAUUUUGCCUGACAUCACCAAGGAGGAACUUUUUGAGAUGCUCUCAAUGCGUAAAGGUCCAAGACAAAUAUUUUUUGGCCUUUCCCCAGGGUGGGUGGUCAAUAUGGCUGAAAAGAAAAUACUGAAGCCCACUGAUGAACGCCUUAUCAGUUAUUACAAUUCUUCAUAAAGUCCUAUGACAAAGACUAAUAAAGAUACAUGAAAUAAAUUAAUUGUUUGGUUGUGGUUAAGGACUAUUCCAAGACAUCUCAACAUUUGUUGAUGUGUUUAAUGGUUGUUAUUCUUAAUCAGGUAAAAAUACACCACUGGUUUUAAUCAAAUACAUUUGAUAUAUUUUGUAGAUGGGUUUGAAUUGUGUUAGGUUUCCAAGUUUUAGGGAGACUUUGGGGAAAAUAAAUGUUUUUUAAGGUGUUGAUUGUAGGAUUGGUUUUGCCAUUUUCCAUAUUUUCUAGAAGCAUAUGUCUUGGUUAACUGCCACAUUCUAAAUAAAAAAAAUGUCACCUUCAUCAAUAUUUGGGCUGGUUAGUACACAUUUGGGAGUAAAGUUUGACUCCUUGCUUAAGUUUAUCACUGUUUAGUUUGUUGUCAAAUUACUAGAUUCAUAAGUAUUGUGUUGACAGUGUGUUUCAGAGUCAUUGAUAAUUUUCUUGUAAAUAUUUGAAUUUGGCAAAGUGUCAUUUAGAAUCAAGUGAGUUCCAUGUUUUAGGUUAUUUGUCAUUCUUGGUCUGAUUUAUUUCCCGUUUGGUAAAGUGUGGUAAAAGGGCCAUGUCAAUAACAUUGUACUGCAGGUAACUAGAUGCAGUCUUGCCAAAAUACUAAUAUGCCUUCUGGUUAUUAACUUAGUUAGAAUGAACAGAAGGCAAGAAUAGAAGCUAGAAGGCAAUGGUUGGAUGUUUUUUUUACCUGUAUAAAUAUCCAAGAGAAAUAAAACAAGUGUAUUUUA